AUAAGUGGAGCAACCAAACGGCCAACCAUCCAUUUACUAUUUAUAUUUCCGCUCUUCCUAUUCCUCCCCCCAGAAAACGACGUCGACGCGUUCAGAGGGUUUUGGACAAAGAGAGAAACCAUGUCGUCGGCAACGAGGAAAGUGAUCUUGAAGGCCUCCGACGACGUUGUCUUUGAGAUCGAUGAAGCGGUGGCCUUCCAGUCGGUGGUAAUUAAGUACGCAAUCGAGGAUUGCCACGACAAUUACAUCCGGUUGCCCAACGUGACGAGCAAGAUUUUGGAGAAGGUGAUCGAUUAUUGCAAGAGGCACCUCGAGGCUGAAGAGUCUCCUUAUCAGCAGGCCCGGGACGACCUCAUGGCUUUUGAUGCCGAAUUUGUCAAAGUAGAUGGGGCCACGCUGUCGGGUCUUGUUCUGGCUGCAAAUUGUCUGAAUAUCAAGAGCUUGUUGGACCUGACUUGCCAGACAAUUGCGGACAUGAUCAAGGAAAAAACCCCUGAAGAAUUUAGGAAAACAUUCAAUAUAAAAGGCUUUACCCCGGAAGAGGAAGAGGAAGUCCGCAGGGAGAGCCAGUGGGCCUUCGGGUGAAAGAUUUAACCGUUCGAUUACAUUUGUGAUGAUGGUUGUUUCCUUGUUUUCAAUCCAUCCAAGUUUAUUUUGCAAACUCAUUCAUGUCAAAAUGUGGUUUAGUCUAAGCAAGGGUCGUUGUAAUUCCUCCCAUCCAAAUGGGAAAACUCGAACCCUAUUCUUAUAAUAGUAGUAUAAAAUUAUGCCAGCAUUAAAAUAGCAAAAAACAAAAAAAAAA